UUCCACGUCUAAAAAAGCUUUCUAUAAUGCGAUGUCCAAAUCUGAAAGACAAAUUACCAGAGACACUUGAAUGUUUAGUGAGUCUGAAAAUUUGUGAUUGCAAACAGCUCGUGACUUCUGUUCCAUUCUCUCCAUCAAUCAGUGAACUACGUCUCACCAAUUGUGGAAAAUUGAAAUUUAAUUAUCAUUUAUCCACUCUGAAAUUUCUUUACAUUCGUCAAUGUUACAUCGAAGGAUCCUCCGUGGAUUGGACCGGGCAUACAUUAUCUGAAUGUGGUACCAACAUUAAAUCGUUGAAAAUUGAAGAUUGCCCAACUAUGCAUAUUCCCCUAUGCGGAUGCUACAGUUUCCUUGUAAAAUUGGACAUCACCAGUAGCUGCGACUCUCUAACAACAUUCCCGCUGAAUCUGUUCCCAAAUCUUGAUUUUCUCGACCUUUAUAAGUGUAGUAGUUUUGAAAUGAUUUCACAGGAAAAUGAGCAUCUUAAACUCACAUCUCUCUCAAUUGGAGAGUGUCCUAAAUUUGCAUCAUUUCCAAAAGGAGGAUUGUCUACACCAAGGCUGCAACACUUUGAUAUUUCCAAAUUGGAGAAUUUAAAAUCACUUCCUAAAUGCAUGCAUGUCCUCCUUCCAUCUCUUUAUAAGCUAUCUAUAGAUGAUUGUCCACAGUUGGAGUCGUUCUCCGAUGGAGGUUUGCCAUCAAGCCUAAGAAACCUCUUUCUUGUGAAAUGCUCAAAACUUCUUAUCAACUCGCUGAAAUGGGCUUUGCCGACCAAUACAUCUCUCUCUAACAUGUAUAUUCAAGAAUUAGAUGUGGAGUUUUUUCCUAAUCAAGGGUUGCUUCCUAUCUCUCUUACUUAUCUAAAUAUUUGUGGUUGUCGAAAUCUCAAACAACUUGACUACAAGGGUCUUGAGAACCUUCCCUCUCUUAGAACAUUGAGUCUAAAUAAUUGUCCCAACAUCCAAUGCUUGCCAAAGGAGGGUCUGCCUAAAUCCAUUUCAACUCUACAAAUAUUGGGGAAUUGUUCACUGCUUAAACAACGAUGCAAGAAACCAAAUGGCGAAGAUUACAGAAAGAUUGCACAAAUUGAAUGUGUAAUGAUUGACAAUUACACAAGCUCCGACGUUUAAAAUAAGGCGUUUACCAACAAUCUUAGUUCCCAACUUUAACUCAGGUUGGCGCAUCAAGUUUCCAUAACGAAAAUGACUCGUUUGAUUGACAAUUGUACAAUGAACAACCUGCCGCCUCCAGUGACAAUUGUACAAAUCAAUGUAACUCGUAACUCGCUGGAUUAUCAGUAGUACAUGACAAACUCGCAGGAAUUUUAUGCGAAGAAAGGGACACCAAAAAAAUGGUGGUGAAGUGCUAAAGUUCUGGGAAUUAAGAAGACAAAGGUACAAAAGUUCAUUGCAGUUCUAAUACAGAUUUCCAUGAAACUUCUCAAGAGGUCUCCUUGGCUGCACAAGACAUCAAAUAUUUUUUCUAAAUAGAUAAUUGCUUUGUGGUUUUAAAUAUGUGAGUAUUUUCUUGGUAAAAUAUUUCACAGAUUAAUAACAAUCCUUAAUGUACAAGAAAUUGAUUGUGCCCUUGGAAUCUUGUUUCAAGUAUAUUAUUUUCCAACAAUCUUGAGAGUUGAUCUCUUCUUCUAAUCAUAGA